AUGGACGAGAUGCUGCUGCUGGCGAGAUGUCUCCUGGUGCUGCUGGUCUCCUCGCUGUUUAUGUGCUCGGGGCUGGCGUGCGGACCCGGCAGGGGAUUUGGCAAGAGGCGGAACCCCAAAAAGCUGACCCCUUUAGCCUACAAGCAGUUUAUCCCCAACGUGGCCGAGAAGACCCUAGGGGCCAGCGGAAGAUACGAGGGGAAGAUCACCAGAAACUCAGAGCGAUUUAAGGAACUCACCCCCAAUUACAACCCCGACAUCAUAUUUAAGGAUGAAGAAAACACUGGAGCGGACCGGCUGAUGACUCAGAGGUGCAAGGACAAGCUGAACGCCUUAGCCAUCUCCGUGAUGAACCAGUGGCCGGGCGUGAAGCUGCGGGUGACUGAGGGCUGGGAUGAGGACGGCCACCACUCGGAGGAGUCGCUGCACUACGAGGGCCGCGCUGUGGACAUCACCACCUCGGACCGCGACCGCAGCAAGUACGGCAUGCUGGCGCGCCUGGCCGUGGAGGCCGGCUUCGACUGGGUCUACUACGAGUCCAAGGCGCACAUCCACUGCUCGGUGAAAGCAGAGAACUCGGUGGCGGCCAAGUCGGGCGGCUGCUUCCCGGGCUCGGCCACGGUGCACCUGGAGCAGGGCGGCACCAAGCUGGUGAAGGACCUGCGGCCCGGGGACCGCGUGCUGGCGGCCGACGACGAGGGCCGGCUGCUCUACAGCGACUUCCUCACCUUCCUGGACCGCGACCUUGGCGCCAAGAAAGUCUUCUACGCCAUCGAGACGCGGGAGCCUCGCGAGCGCCUGCUGCUCACCGCCGCGCACCUGCUCUUCGUGGCGCCGCACAACGGCUCGGCCGCAGGGGCGCCCGAGGGGGCGGCGGCGGCGGCGGGCGGGGCCGCGCCAGGGCGCCGGGCGCUUUUCGCCAGCCGCGUGCGGCCGGGCCAGCACGUGUACGUGGUGGCCGAGCGCGGCGGGGCCCGGCGGCUGCUGCCCGCCGCGGUGCACAGCGUGACGCUGCGCGAGGAGACGGCGGGCGCCUACGCGCCGCUCACGGCACACGGGACCAUCCUCAUCAACCGGGUGCUGGCCUCGUGCUACGCGGUCAUCGAGGAGCACAGCUGGGCGCACGGGGCCUUCGCGCCCUACCGCCUGGCGCACGCGCUCCUGGCCGCGCUGGCGCCCGGGCGCACGGACCGCGGCGGAGCCGGCGACGGCGGGGGCGGCGGCCGCGUCCCCCCGCCCGUGCCGGGGGCGGCCGACGCGCCGGGCGCCGCGGGCAUCCACUGGUACUCGGAGCUGCUCUACCAAAUAGGCACCUGGCUGUUGGACAGCGAGGCCUUGCACCCGCUGGGUAUGGCGGUCAAGUCCAGCUGA